GGUGCUCAUGCAUUAUUUCAUUGGAAGAUCUAUCUCUCAAAACUUGUUGUUUGCUCAAAACGGAAGUUGCCACUCACAGUCUUUCGUCCUUUGCAGCAGGCAAAAGGGGGUGAAACCUCAGAGGACGAAAACCCCUCUCAAAGCUAGCGGAUUAAUCGGGCUGACAACCCAACUCACCGCCCUCAUUUUUACGACGCCAGCAACCGCGAGAGAUAAAUUAAAGGCAAAAAUUAGGAGGCGAAAAUUCACCCCAAGAAGUAGAGGACAAAAGCAAGAAAACAACAAAAUGAAGGACAUCAUAAACGACCGUUCUUCCUCGCCGCCGGUCUUUUCACCCCUGGCAAUCGACGCAGACUUGGCACCCCUCCCAGAGUACAAGGCGGCUGGCGAGACCAAGAUCAACUUUGGCGGCCUGCUCCCCGCGACGGCACCACUGCGCCUGCACGAGGACCUCAGCUCGGGAUGCGGCGGACAGCUGUGGCCGGCGGGCAUGGUGCUGGCAACGCAUAUGUUGCGAGACCGCAGGAGUUCCAUCGGUCGCGAGAGGAUACUGGAGCUGGGCGCCGGCGGCGGCCUCGUGUCGCUGGCCGUGGCGCGAGGGUGCGACGUCGAGACGCCGAUGCUGAUAACGGACCAGCUCGAGAUGUUGGCCCUGAUGGAGCACAACAUCCGCCUCAACGAGGUGGAGGACAAGGCCAAGGCUUUGAUCCUCAACUGGGGUGAGCCGCUCCCACAACAAGUGGUCGAACUCAAGCCGACGGUGGUCCUAGCAGCCGACUGCGUCUACUUUGAGCCCGCGUUCCCGCUGCUCCUCCAGACGCUGACAGACCUGCUGGCCCUGUCGCCGCCCAAGGAGUGCACCGUCUACUUUUGCUUCAAGAAGCGGCGGCGCGCAGACAUGCAGUUCCUCAAAAAGGCGCAAAAGAUGUUUUCGGUCGUCGAGGUUCCCGACCAGGACCGGCCCGUCUUUAGCCGACAAAACCUGUUCCUCUACGCCAUCAUCAGCAAGGAGGAGGCGAUAAAGGUGACGACAAGUUGACACUAUAUAUUUGAUUACAAAGUAGCAAGCAAUUAGAAUUGUGGAUUGAACAAAAAGUAGGAAUCGCCACGGGUUUUAUUCCAGUUUUUGCUUGCUGGUCUAUAUUCCAAGUUUCUUGCCCAGUUUAUCCCGCCCCUCCCCUUUCCACCCCAAACCAUCUUUGACAAGCGUUUCCAACUUCCAAGGAACAAAGCCAAGAACCAGUUUGUCAUGGAAAUUGGGCCCUUCCCAAUUGCAAGCAGCAACGUUGGACGCCCAAUCCGUGGAGAUGCACGUCGCACAUCUAUUCUAGGGUGUCAGCAAUAAGCUUACUUGUUGCUUGACAGCGGUCAUUGAUCGUGCAAAAAAAGACGGCAAACAAAGGUACGACCCGUUUACCGAGCUGAGAGCCGAGUGAUGGACAGUAGGUUUUGCGGGAUUUGGCAGCGAAAACAAGAGUUGUACAGUAGCAAUUGUACCUACGUUAGUUGCUAGCAAGCUAGGUACCCAACGUAUUUCAGCUUUAACAUUAAAAAAAUGCCCUAAAUUGAUCAUCAGCACACCACAUCGGGACAACACACGCGGGAGGAACAUUUCGCAUCCGGAGUCUGGUGUGGUUGCAAGCCGGCUAACCUUUCCUGGUGAUCAAACAGG